AUGGCGGUAUUCACUCUCUCUCGACUGAUUCUGUCCUUAGGGCUCGCUGUAGUCUUCUUCACGUUCUGGAAACUUGUUAAAGUACUGAUUUGGCGUUACAAUUCGUCGUUGCGCUAUCUCCCUGGGCCUCCCAGCUCGCAUUGGUUAUGGGGCAACAUGAAGGCCAUAUUCGACGCCGAACACUCUGUUCUGCAUGAGGAAUGGGUUGAACGCUACGGCCCUACUAUCAAAUAUCAUGGAUUCUUCAAUCUCGAUCGUUUGUUUACUAUGGACAUGAGAGCCUUGAACCAUGUCCUCAGCCACUCCAUGAAUUAUGAGAAGCCAGAACAUACCCGUUUCAACCUGUCUCAAGUGCUUGGAUCAGGUCUUCUGGUCGUGGAAGGCGAACAGCACCGUCAGCAAAGAAGAAUUAUGAAUCCUGCAUUUGGACCUGCUCAAGUGCGUGAACUGACCGAAAUCUUCUUGGAAAAGGCCCGCGAAUUGCGCGAUGUCUGGAGUGACAAGAUCGCUGCAAGUUCUGGAUCAGCCCGGAUCAACGUCAUCGAAGGUUUGAGUCAGAUGACUCUUGAUUCCAUCGGUUUGGCGGGAUUUAACUAUGAAUUCCAUGCUUUGAACCCGCAUGGGAAGCCCAACGAACUAUAUGAAGCCUUCAACUUCGUCUUCUCAAACCUGGCAAGCAACAGAUACCCGGUCUUCCAGCUAUUGCGGUCAUGGGUGCCUAUAUUUCGCAGGAUUCCGACCGAAAUGUCAAAGCGCACUGAUGCAGCUCAGGCCAAGAUGAAGGAGAUCGGCAUGCAACUGCUAGCUCAGAAGAAGGAGGCUCUCUUGAAGGCAGCGCAGGCCGGGAAGGAAGACGAGAGACUCGGCGGUCGCGACUUGCUCACUCUGCUCCUCAAGGCAAACAUGGCAAUUGAUAUCCCUGAAAGUCAGAGGCUCACAGAUGCGGAUGUCCUCGCUCAGGUCCCAACGUUCCUGGUGGCUGGACACGAGACGACGAGCACGGCGACUAUGUGGUGUCUCUUCGCGCUCUCGCAGGUGCCAGAAGUGCAGGAGAAGUUGCGCGAUGAAUUACUUAGCGUACCCACUGAGAACCCUUCCAUGGACGAGCUGCAGGAACUGCCUUACCUGGAGGCGGUUGUGCGCGAGACAAUGCGAAUACACGCCCCCGUCCCGUCGACCAUCCGGAUCGCUACGGAGGAAGAUAUUAUCCCUCUGAACACACCUUUUGUUGACACUCGCGGAGAGAUACACGAUAGCAUUAGAAUCGCCAAGGGCUCCAAUAUCUUCAUCCCGAUCCUCGCCGUGAAUAGAUCGAAGGCGCUUUGGGGCGAUGACGCGCAUGAAUUCAGGCCUGAUCGCUGGAUUGAGGGUGUCCCAGAGGCCGUCGCCAGCAUUCCUGGCGUGUGGGGCAAUCUUAUGUCCUUCCUCGGGGGCCCACAUGCAUGCAUUGGCUACCGUUUUUCCCUGAUAGAGAUGAAAUGUCUCGUUUUUACGCUUGUCCGUGCCUUCGAGUAUGAGCUUGCUGUGCCGGUUGAGGAGAUCAUGAGGAAAUCGGGAAUAGUAACACGCCCUCUUCUCCGCAAUGAGAAGGAGAAGGGUAGCCAGAUGCCGUUGCUGGUGAAGCCGUACCGGGCUACUUGA